UCGAGCUGAGCAAGACAUCAGCAAAAGCGAGGGCAGUCCAGCAACGUAGAAUGAAAGUGCCGCCGAAUGCUUGAAUGGCUACAACGGUUUAGCAGAAGAGAGCGUUGCAUGUGUUUAUGUGUGUGUGUGUGCGCGCGCGCGUGAGUGUAUGUGUUUGUGCAAAAGUGUUUGUGCUGUCAAGCAAGCGUAGUGUAUAAAGAAGAAGAAGAAGAAUAAGUGUAAGCAGCACCAGCUAAAGAAGAAGCAGAAAUAGGCAAGCACAAAAAGUGUACGGAAAGCUAUGAAAAUUUUCAAUUGAGAUUUUUUUCCGCAAACUCUGCUUAGCCUUUGUAGUAAAACCAAUUACGCGAGUGCAUAGAAAACGAAAUUAAGUGUCAGACGCUGAGGACUGAAAAACAAAAAAACGGUCUGUGAAAUUAUGCGACAAAUUACGGUGCAUGUGGUGCAGAGACAAGUGCGGUGACGAGGCCAGCAACGGGCGAAAGCUGAAAGUCAUUGUAUAACCAGCCGCCGCAAAUGUUGGAAAAUAUUAAACAUAUACACAAGCGAGCCUACAAGCGUGCAAAUGUAUGCGUAGCUAGUUAGCCUGACACUACACAUGGACGGUCGGUCAGUCAGACGGGCAGUCAAAAUAUUGCACGAAAAUUCUAAGUGACCAGCAAAUCUGCUUUCAUUGUGCAACCAAAUAAUUUUCACUUAUCAAAGAAGAAAAAAAGAAAAAAAUUAUAUAUAUCGCAUAUUGCAAAAUUAGUUGUGUGAAAAAAUAAUAUUUUAACUCAGCUCGAUAGUGGUGAAAGAACAAAAAUGUUGUGGAAAGUCAGGCGUUCACAUAUUGUGGCAGCCGUUCGCAGGAAAUUUUCGGCAAACCUAUAAUGAAUAGAAGAGCCAAAAUGGACAACACCGUCUAAGUCCAAUAUUUCGGGAGGGGCUUCAGCGCCAUUUAUUUUUUUCAUUUUGAUAAAGCAACGAAAAAUGAAGUCAACCGAAACUAGCUUUUAUUUGAAACCGAUUUUUUCACAAAACCAAUUAAUACUGCAAUUGUGAAAACUCUGGGCUGCAGCAACUAAAAAUUCAAAGAGCGAUGAAAACAAAUGCAAUUACCUGUAUAACUGUAAGUACGGAAGUGAAAAAGGAAAAUCCAAUAAAACGCCAACGAUUUGCCAUAACAACAACUGUGCAACAACAGCAAUAAAAAAGAAGGCACACUUUUAAGUGAGCUGCAGUGAAAAAGUAAUUAAAAACGAACUUUAACCCAAAUAGUGCAGUGAGUCGGCCACGCCGGAGAAGGUGGUGGGCACAUACGACCCACACCCCUGCAUAGGCUCACUGAAAGUCUCUGUUAAAAAACGUACGUUUGCUGAGCACAGCAAACGUAAAUACAACUUAACAAGAAAAAGUAAAAACAAACCAAAAAAAAAAAAACAAACAACAAAAAAGGUUUAGCAAACAUUUGAAAACCACUGAGUUUACGUAGAGCAAAAAGAAACCCAAAGGGGGUUGAAACAAGUGAAAAGAAAAAUAAAGUGCUUGAAGAAGUUUUUUGUAAGUGUGUGUAUGGAAAUUCCAACGUGUCAUUGUAUGUGUAGUAGUGUAGUAGAAGUAGCAGUGAAGAGGCAUAAAAGGCCAGGCGGCAUACUAAACAAGCAACAGCAACAACAAAAACUGGAUUACUAUAAAAAACAGCAACAAUUGCAGCAACACGAAGCAACAGCAACAAAAUGCAGAAGGAAAAUAAUACGACAGCGGAAAAUUGCCAAUUUGUGGGGCCAUAUCGCCUGGAGAAGACAUUGGGCAAAGGACAAACGGGUCUGGUUAAGUUGGGCGUGCACUGUGUGCUCGGUCGUAAGGUGGCCAUUAAAAUAAUCAAUCGCGAAAAGCUUAGCGAGUCGGUAUUAAUGAAGGUGGAACGUGAAAUUGCGAUUAUGAAAUUGAUUGAUCAUCCACACGUCUUGGGCUUAAGCGAUGUCUAUGAGAAUAAAAAAUAUUUAUACUUAAUACUAGAACACGUUUCGGGUGGUGAAUUAUUCGACUAUUUGGUGAAAAAAGGCCGACUGACGCCGAAGGAGGCACGUAAAUUUUUCCGUCAAAUAAUAUCCGCGCUGGAUUUUUGCCACUCACAUUCAAUAUGUCAUCGAGAUUUGAAACCCGAAAAUUUGCUGUUGGACGAAAAGAACAACAUCAAAAUUGCCGACUUCGGAAUGGCUUCACUGCAACCGGCUGGUUCAAUGCUGGAAACCUCAUGUGGAUCGCCGCAUUAUGCAUGUCCCGAGGUCAUAAGGGGUGAAAAAUACGAUGGACGUAAAGCGGAUGUUUGGUCCUGUGGUGUUAUCCUGUAUGCGCUAUUGGUGGGCGCAUUGCCCUUCGAUGACGACAACUUGCGCCAACUGCUGGAGAAAGUGAAGCGAGGAGUGUUUCACAUACCGCACUUUGUGCCGCCAGACUGCCAGAGUCUGUUGCGCGGCAUGAUUGAGGUGAAUCCGGAUCGACGACUGACGUUGUCCGAGAUAAAUCGCCAUCCAUGGGUUACGGCUGGCGGCAAAGGUGAAUUGGAGUUGGAGCUGCCGAUGAUGGAGGUGGUGCAAACGCAUGUCAUACCUUCCGCCUCAGCGGUGGAUCCGGAUGUCUUAAAUGCGAUUUGCUCGUUAGGGUGCUUUAAGGAAAAGGAAAAACUCAUACAGGAGCUAUUGAGUACGAAUCACAACACCGAAAAAGUGAUUUAUUUUCUACUCUUGGAUCGAAAACGAAGGCGUCCUGCCUUGGAAGAUGAUGAUGAAAUCGCUCAAAAAUCUCGUAGUGAAUUAGAUGCAGUGGAUCCGCCCAGAAAACGACUCGAUACUUGUCGUAUAAAUGGUACGAAUUCGCCCAGUUAUGGGCAAAUAUCGGAAGGUUCGCCGCUAACACCGCGACGGCAAGCAUUCAACUUCCGGUCCUACAGCAGUUCGCGUAAUCACCAGCGUCGAUCACCCACUUCGGUUUCCUCGGUGCGUUCCUCGUCAUAUCACAGUCCCACACGCUGCAAUUCGCCCAUUAACUCGGCGCAACAACAAGUGAACGCAAUCUCACGUCCAUCCUCGCCUGCAGCCACAUCCGCCGGACACUCGUCCCGUCACUCUACCUAUUCGAGUGAAUGCCGCGAGCGUUCCGGUUCGGUGCAACAUCAUCCGUCUGUAAGUCGUACACCCUCACACUCGUCACAAACAGGCGUCGAGGGUAUUAUUAGUGUGGGCAGUGGUAGUGGUGGCGAUAGAGGUGAUCGCGGUGGAGGAGCCAUAGGAGGUGGUGGUGGCAGUGGGAACGAUGUUGUUGCGGUGCGUGAAGCAAGGGAAGUACGCGAACGCAGAGACUCACGUAAUGAGCGUCAAGCGACAGUACAGGUCAGUUGUGUUGGUGUGCCCGGUAGUCCAGGUGGUGGCAGUUGCAGUGGUUCAGCAGUGCAUCAUCGUGCCAAUUCCGGACCAACUAUAGCGAUUAGCAUGUUUCAUGACCCGGAGGCGAAUAGCGUGAUGAAUCCUACUACAUCGCCGCUCAUGAACAACAGUUCGCCAGUAAUGUCUGGUUCACCAUGCAAUGCGCCCGGCGGCCAACUUUGGAAGACACGUCUCACAAACAUUAAAAAUAGUUUUCUGGGCAGUCCACGUUUUCAUCGAAGAAAGUUACAAGUGUCCGCGGAUGAGGUGCAUUUAACGCCCGAAUCGUCGCCGGAAUUGACGAAACGUUCUUGGUUUGGUAAUCUGAUAACAACGGAAAAGGACGAAACCUUUACGAUUUUAGUCAAAGGCAAACCGAUAGCGACCGUUAAGGCUCAUCUAAUACAUGCUUUUUUGUCGAUGGCCGAACUUUCGCAUAGUGUCGUCUCACCCACAUCAUUUCGUGUAGAAUAUAAACGCAAUGGAAAUGGGCCGGUCAUGUUUCAAAGGCAUGUAAAAUUUCAGGUGGAUAUAAGCGCAAUUUGUAAACAAGGCGACAUCUCGGAUAUGCUGUUUGCACUGACAUUUACCUUAUUAUCAGGUAACAUUCGUCGUUUCCGUCGCAUCUGUGAACACAUACAAUCGCAAGUUUGUUCGAAACGUUUUCCCGGACCGAGUAGUCCACCCACAGUAGCUACCGUUACGCAAGCCGUAUCAGAGAGUUCGUCAUGCGGAUCGGUCUCCAGCGAACGUCUGUCCUAUAAACGUCAACAGAUUGAGAAUGAAAUUGAAAACGACUCGAUAUUUGUUUUCAAAUCGGGCAAUGGCCGACGUGCAUCAACCACAAACAAUAACAAUGCGCCGCCAGCUGAUAUUUUGCCCGGAAGUCCAAUAGCAGUGCGCUCAAAUUCCGAAACGGAACAGCAUGAACGCAAUCGUGAUUUGCAGAGUGAUCGUCAGGCGACAACAAUGUCAGGGAGUGCAAUAGCAUGAGAAUUAUUUCUCUGAUUUAGUUACAUUUUUAUAUAAAAGUAAUUUUUUUCCAAAACCAACUAAAAAAAAAGCAAAGGAGAAAAAACACAAAUCUAACUACAUAUAUCGAAUUGCAGUCUUACAAUUACUAGUUACUUAACAAUAGUAUCAUUUAAUAAAUUAAAACAUUUGAAUAGACAGUAAAUAGGGCUGAAAUUGUGUAAAAAAUGCUAAAAUUGGCUGAUAUUACUCGUAAUAAGGCUUUGAUUUCAUUUCAUUGAAAAUAAUUGCUUACGAUAAGAUUUUGUUGCUCGUAAUCCCAUAAUUAUGAAAUUACUAAGUGCUUUACAGCUUUGGGAGCUUUCACAUUUAUAUGUAUGCUUAGUAGCUUUAAGCUUACCAACAUUUGCAUUUUCACAAAUUAUGAAUUUUAUACGA